AUGUAUAUCAAAGCAGCCGUUCUCUUCUCCCUCCUCGCAUCGUCCCUCGCCGUCCCGGCCGCCAACGGCGACCGCAAAGUCAAACGAGGAGUUCUCUCCGUCCAGGACUAUUCCGAGUUCCAAGUUUCUGAUGGUGUGGCGGGUAAUGCCUUUGCCGAAGUGAACGCCAAGUUUCCUAUUGGAACCGACUUCGCCUCAGUAGAUUCCGAGGAUCUCGCUAUCCUGAAGGCGGCGCGUGAGACUGCCGAAGCCGCAGAGACUGAGGAAGGCGGAUUCAACGACGCUAUUGAAGCAGCCGGAGGAAAGGAUACGCCUGCAGGACAGGCGCUGCAAAACGGCAAGAUUAAAAACAAGGUGCUGAAGCUGCAGCUGCAAGUACUGGCCCUGCAGAUUGAGGCUGCCCAGGGCAAGGACACGGCUGCGAAGCUGGCCGAGCAGAGGACCAAGCUGGCCAAGAACGUCCAGCUGGACGAGGAGGCGGCGGGGCAGGCGAGCUCGAGCGUGGAUUUUCAGGGCACCAGCCAGCCGUAA